AUGUCGAGUGCAAGUUCAAGUUGUUUUAUCAAAAUAAUUGUAUUGUUUCAUAAAGGCGUGGUAUGGGUAUGUGUCUUUUCUAGUCUACAUCCAGACUCACAUCCUCAAGGUAGUUUCAAAUCAGAGCUGCCGGCCUGGCCUGCUGCCUGGCAGGCGCCUGGUGGCC